CUUUCCGCGCACCUGCCAUGCGCAGCCCUCCCAGGCGUUCUUUUGGAGGAGGGACUCCUGAGGAGUUUAGGUUCGUUUUCCCUUAUGGAAGGUCGAUGUUCCCGGUGUAAAUGCGGAGUUUCCCUAAAGUGAGAUCCGUGGGACUCCACUCAGUCGCCGAGAGCCCGGAACCGGUCGGGGCACCGCGUUCCCUUAGUGCCCUAAUUAACGAUCACUUCCGCGCCCACGGCUCUGGAAUACGCGAGGCCCUUUGGCUGCGAACAACGGGAAGAGCAUUUCCGGUACCUGUUGCCACGGCGCUGGCCCAGUGGGCCGAAGGGGGCGAAGUUGUUGGCGUCCUCUUCCCCCUUUCUGGGGUAGAGAUGUCGGGGCUCAGCUACCCAGAGAUGGAGGGCUGUCGUAACCUGCUCGGUCUGUUGGACAGCGACGAGAUCAUGGCCCUAUGCGACACCAUCACCAACCGCCUGGUGCAGCCUGAGGACCGCCAAGAUGCCAUUCAUGCGAUAUUAGUGUACAGUCAAAGUGUAGAAGAACUUUUGAGGCGUAAAAAAGUCCACCGAGAAAUCAUAUUUAAGUACUUGGCAACACAGGGGGUUAUUAUACCUCCAGCUACUGAAAAACACAAUCUUAUUCAGCAUGCAAAGGAUUACUGGAAAAAGCAGUCACAAUUGAAAUUGAAGGAAACUCCAGAGCCAGUUAAGACAGAGGACAUUAGACUCUUUGAACAGGAGAAAGAAGAUAAAAAAGCUGAAAAGGUUGAUUUUCGUCGAUUAGGUGAAGAAUUCUGUCACUGGUUCUUUGAACUUCUUAAUUCUCAGAAUCCUCUUCUGGGACCACCUCAAGAUGAAUGGGGGCCACAGCACUUCUGGCAUGAUGUCAAGCUUAGAUUUUAUUACAACACAUCUGAACAAAAUGUCAUAGACUACCAUGGAGCAGAAAUUGUGAGCCUUCGUCUGCUGUCACUAGUGAAAGAAGAAUAUCUUUUUCUCAGUCCCAAUCUAGAUUCCCAUGGCCUGAAAUGUGCUUCUUCUCCCCAUGGUCUAGUUGUGGUUGGAGUUGCUGGGACUGUCCACCGAGAGAACACUUUUUUGGGCAUUUUUGAACAAAUUUUUGGACUCAUCCGCUGCCCUUUUGUGGAGAAUACUUGGAAAAUUAAAUUUAUCAACCUGAGAAUUAUUGGAGAGGGUUCCCUUGCUCCCGGAACAUUAAUGAAACCAGCUAUUACACUUGAACCAGGUGAUCUAGAAGCCUUUCAUAAUGUAAACACUUUGUGUGGUCCAGUGAAGGAUGACUCAAUGUAAGGCAGGCAUUGGAUAGUGAGACUGGAGACCAAACUUUAUCUAGUGGAAAUGAGGCACUGUUGAACAAAAGAGAACUAAUUUUGCCUAGCCCUUGAAGCAUUGAGUACUAUAUUUCAGUCUGAAAAAUCUCUUUACAGAAAUUCUUCCAAAUACUACAUCAGUAAUGUCUAAGUGAUUUCAGAUUCGGGGAUUGACAUAUUUUAGUUGAAAUGUCUUUCUUGACUACAGGCUAACGUGUUAUGUGAACACUUGCCUCUUUCUACUUGAGUUGCAGCAAAUGUUCUGAAGGCUUCAUGCAAUUCAUCAAAUAAAUCCCACUUUAGAUGUUGUAACUAACUGUGUGCCUUAGAAACCAGUUAAUAUUUUCAUUUUACUUGGUGGAUAUUCUGCUAAUAUCUGUAUUUGUCAUGUGGGAAAAAAUUAAUAGUGUUCAAGGCUUCCCCUUUUAAUUUUCUCAUUUACUUUUGUCUAAAUCUGGGUAAUUUUACAAAUGCAUCUCAUGACAGUACUGCUUAAAAAAUACAAAUCUUAGAGAUGUUUACCGUGAACUCAGUAAAUGAGUAAGCUCACUUUCUAAAAUGAGUAAACUCUCAUUUUAGAAAACUUGAAUGACAUUCUUAUACAAAAAGUCCAGUAAUUUAGCUGGUAGAAAAAAAUUUAAGUUGCCUUUUAAAAUAUUUGAGGAACAUUUUUCAGAGUUAUCUGCUGCUGUCCAAGCUAAGUAUCUUAAAAUCUGCAACACUUUCUGAACAAUUUUGGGCAAUGAUAAGUGCUGUUCUCAAAACAGACUUUUUUCUUUAUCUAAAGUUUCAGCUAACAGUUUUCUAGAGCAUUUAUUAUAAUAGCAUAUAAAGGAAACAUACUACUGAAAAAUUUUUUAAAGGUUUACCCAGUUCCUAAUUUAAAUGAGUUACUGUGUUUUCUCUUGAAUGAUUUUAGAAGAGGUGACAAAAAAAAAAAUACAUAUAUUGAAUUAAAAUUAUUAGGAUUUUUUUAACCUCUUAAGUUGUUUUACUAGAUUUGAGUUACCAGGUUAAGUUGCCAGAUUACACAGUUGGUUUCAAGUUUAAAUUCCUCAUCACCCAGCAACUACUUGCUGAAUCUGAAUUUAAUUAGUAAUUUUAAUUUACAAAAAUGCCAUUUGGAAAAAAUUCAACUGGGAAAUGUGAUGAGGUAUUGUUCAUAUUAGUUUUUUUAACUUUAACUCUGCUCAUGAUCAUCUAGGGUAACUGAUAAAGUUUUGGAAGCAGGAGGAAAAAAUUGAUCUUUUUUUUUUUUAGUCCUAUGCCUCUUACGAGGAGUACAAAUUGAUAUGUCCUAAAAUAAGAACUUAAUAAAGGAGGGAAAUCCCUUUUUCUGCUGUAAGAAUAGUUUUUUGUUUCGAUUUAAACCUGUUAUCUUUUUCUUUAAGUUUGAAGUAUCAUUAUAACAUGUUAUCGAUAAAUAUACAAAAUAAAGGAUAAAAUUUGAAAUUAUUCCCAUCUGUUUUCUCUGUGCUAUUGAUGUCAAGUAUUAUUAUCAAGAAAUAAUACCAAAGAUGCUCAGGAUGGGCAGAAAUUACCUGUAGAUUGUUCAGUAUUGAAUUUUUGAAUGUGUAAUGCUCAAGGAAGGCUGUAAUCUGCAUGUUCUUUUAAUCACCCUUAAAAAUGUGAAAUCUUUCCGAUAGACCAAAUGAGAAUUAGAGCUAUAUUUUAUUUCCUUUGAAUUCCCACAGCUGGGCACACAGUAGGACCUAAUGUCUAAGUGAAUGGGUGAAUGAAUGAGCAAAAGAAGCUUAUAUACUGUAUAAAAGACUUUUUUGCAUGUAGAUUUUGUCUUUGGUUUUAGUCAUUAGUGGUGGUUUUGGGGUUAUAUCAUGUUUGACUUUAAUACGUGAAUACACAAACUUUUAGACCCCAAGCUAAGAUUCAGGAUAAUUUUAACUUUCCAUUAAAAUUUACUGACUUUCAGAAGCCCAAGGUCAGAGUAGGAUAUACUGGAGGGCCCUAAGAUACCUAGAAACCAUUAUAAGGGAAGUGUAUACUUCCUGUUCAGAGAAAGAAGACCUAGAAGAACUGAAAUUUGCUCAUGAAGCUUAAAGCUUGGUCAGGCCUUUGAGAAGGUCCAAAAGCACAGUGCAGAUUGAAUACUACUUUUACUACCACUCACUACUCUGUUUAUGUUAGGGAAUAGUAGAGACUACAGCUUUGUCUCUUCAUUAUACUUAGCUGGUAUUUGUGAGGCUUGUGGAGUCAAGUAGUAAAGAAUACAACUAACUCCACACAUAAUUCAUAGUAAUUGGUUGGUCAAACCAGGGGACACCUGGUCUUUAUUUACCGGAGGCUGAUUUGCUAUAGCUAACAGUAUACAUCAAUAUCCUUUUUUGUUAAAAACUUAAAAGUAAUUGUUGUAUUGGGAUGUUUUACUAAUAUCCAGAAUACCAAAAACCAUAUUUCAUUUGUCUUACUAAAAUACCAAAUAAUAGAAAAAAAGCCGUAUCUAAUUUACUAAAUCAACUUGAAAAUGGCAAACACAGGAAAACAUUCUUGGGUUUUCAGAAAGGCAACAUUUCUAUGUUAAAGGAAGGCUAGUUACUUAGUCUCAGUAAGAAAUUGUAAUAGCACCCCAGAAAAGGAUUUAAAGAAUAAUGGUUUAACUAAAUGAGAUAAUCAGAAACAUUGUGUUUUAACAAAAUGGCUCUUGUGGCUUAAAAGAUCAUAAAAAUGAGUGAACCAUACCUUGAUGUUUUUCUCAGCAUCUAUUUUCACAAAUUGAGAUGCCCUUUUCACUGUUUUUUGGGGUUGCAGGGGAUGGUCAUUGACCUUUUGAAAAAGAGAGCUAUAUUCUUUCUAGAAAAAAUGUUUGCAUAUAGUAUUACAAUUUUUGCAUAUUUCAUUGAGUUCUUGGUCUUCCCUGAAGCACAUCUGUGAGUCCUAACAGGGAUCCUUAUGCUCCAUAUUCAAAUCCUGCCGUAAUAAUUUUAUUUCCCCCCGGACUACUACUCUACUGUGUUAAAAAUUAAAAUUAUUUUUAGAAACUUUUGUGCCCUUGCCAGAGUCCUUAAGCUAGAGGACUAAAUCUUACUAAUGAAAGAAUAAUCUCUAGAAAGUCUGUCAGUUUAUGAUAGUUGUUUGUAUUUUGUUUUUCAAUAGAUGUUAGAUAUUAAGGCAAAACCUACUGCAGUACUGUCAAGUGAAACAUUAAUGCAGAAUUCAUUUUAUUUGCACAAGUUCAAUGAACAUGCUUUGGAGAAAGUGAUAAAAAUGUGAAAAAAACAUUAAAUAAUGUUCUUAAGAUCUUUAUGAAACUUUAUCCUAAGGAGAUGUUUAUUUGGUAAUGAUUGCAUAUUGCUAAUUCUAAUGAAACAUUUUAAAAAUAUGAAUUUCUUCUGAAGGGUCUAUAUUUGUGAUCAGCUCCCUCCCCCUCUUCUCCCCAACCCUAUUUAUAACCUUUGUAUAUAGCCAGUUUGAAGGUACACAGCCCAGCUGUAAUGCUGGGAAAUAAGACUUAAUGGAUCUGGGUUCUCUUCAAGUUUAUAUGCAUAUAUUUAUUGAGCAUCUACACUUUGUAAGUCACUGAAUCAAGCAUAAGAUAAAAUAAUACAUCAAUAAGUUGAUUUACCUCAACUUCUCACGUUGAAUUCAAAUCUCAGUCUCUGGGUUUAGAUGUCUUAAAGUGAGAACUACAUUAGGCCCUUUGCUAGAGUUGGAAGGAAAAUAAUUUUAGAACUGUCAGAGUGCACUAAAUCCUUUCAGCUUUACUUUUUCUAGUUUGUACCUUUCCUGUAGUCUUUCAAUAAAGUGUUAAUAUUAAAAUUGAGUAUGAUGUUUACUGUGAGUUAUAAUGUUCUCCAAAAUAU